AUCAACUGGUCCAAACAAACUUGUCCCUAGCAACCUUGCACAGCGGCAGUUCCGACGUUUCAGGGCGACUUUUCGGAUCCAAACUCCACAUUUCUGACGGUCAGCAGUUUUUACUGGUAUAGUUGAUGGUGCGAUCACUGGGAGAAGGAGCAAUGGACACAGAGUACCUGAAGACACAUCUAGGCUCCUGUAUGACAGAAUGUCUAGCGGAGGUAGCGGAGAAAAGACCGCUCGAUCCUAUUGAGUUCAUCGCACACUGGCUCUACAAGUACAAGGAGAAUGAGGCAUACCUGAAACAGGAGGAUGAAAAGGCAGAGCAGCUGGCAGCAGAGAGGGAAGAGGCGGCACGAGAGAUGGAGAGGCAGGAGAAGAUGAGAGAAGAGGCUGACAGGAUACUGAGAGAGGAGGAAGAGAAGAAAAGGGAGUUGAUAGCGCAGAAGGAGGCUGAGGCUCAGCAGGAGAAACCCGUGAAGGAAACCUCCAGCAUGCCGGGAGCUCCGACACUGGAGACUGUUACAGAGGAGAUGGAGGCAGCGGACGCAGCGGCGGCUGCAGAGAAACCUGUGGAGGCAGAAGGUGGUGGGGAGGAGGCAGAAGCUCCUGCUGAAGAGGAGGCAGCACAGGAGGAGCAGGAGGGGGGACAGGCAGAGGAGCAGUAA